AUGAUAGGCCGCCGGCUCCGCGAAGGGAUCUCGACGCCGCGCGACAACGUGAACGAUGGUGGUCGGUGGUCAUGUGCACUGCAAAUGAGCCAUGCUGUCGUCGUCGAACGUGUGGCCGGGUCUCCUGCUGUUGUGCAUCACGACCGCGCUGCCGGUCGGCCGAGCUGCCACGUCGUCGAACGUUCACAACAAACGAGGUUUGUGUUCAAAGUAUAGCGAACUAUUUGUAGGUACUCGAUGUCCUCGGGCAACGCGCCUUCCAGUACCCGUUGCGAACUUUACGCGUAGGUAGACCUGUCGCAGACGCGCCGGUACCAGGCGUACCGGCACCGUCGCCGUCACCGCCGUGUUUCCGGUGCGUCGGUCACCGUCCCGCCGUCCUGUCCGAGGGACGUUUUUAAUGCCGCGUCAUUAUCGGCAGCACGUACCGCGUAACGUGACGUCGGCACCGGUGGGAUUUACGUCCUCGCUUUCCCGUUUCGCGCGUCGGACGGAUCCGUUUAACUUUAGCCCGCGCUCCUGCCACCGUCACACAUUGCAAUUCCGACUGUGCCGUACAUUUUUCAACGCGCGAUUUCGAUUAUAGCGGGCGCUUCGUCCGUUUAUCGUUCGUAUCAUACGACGCGACGAUUUGUGAUUAGUUUUCCAUUCAAAUAUUGUUUUAUCGUACAUUGUCAGGUUCCAGACAAUUUUUCUGGGGAGGUCUCACUUUUUUGGCAUUGUUCAUAUCGAUGUAAAAAGUAACGAUAUUAACGAGCAUUGUACAUUUGAUUAAUGCGUUUUGUUGGCGCUUGUAUUUUUCAAGAGGGGCCGAAUGAAAUUCCGGGGGAGGGUCAUUUGGCCCAUUCUGAAUUGUAUCUGGAAUCAACACUGGUUAGGUUACAGACACAAACCGAGGGAAUAUAAUAAUAUUGUUUUAACUUGUUUAGUACAGUGAAAGCGGACUUAUCGGAGAAAGAAUUUAGAGUCAAAGUUUUAUUCCGAUGA